AUGGAAAACCUCGAAGAAUUAUUGCGACAGUACGAAGAGACCAAGCGGGAACUGCUGGAGCGUGUGGGGGUGAACAGGAAUAACGGGGCAACCAAGUCCCCAAGGCGAAACAAACACUACGUAGAAAAGACCAUCCUUCACAGUUUGGAUGGGGUGAUUAAUGCGUACUGCACUCUGGUGAUAUUGCACAGGGAAGGGCGGCAUUCACAUAAAACGAAUAAAAGGAAAGGGGAACCCAAGAAUGGGGACAAUAGGAGAAACAUAAAAGAUACCUGUAAGAACCGGUGGAGUGGGGGGAGGAUAGCCCAUGAUGAGCUCACCAGAAAGGUGGCACAAAGGAAGGCCACACAAGGUAGACACAUAGAAAGAGUAAGUCGGUUUGUUAAAACUGAUAAAGCGAUCGGAAUAUUUGGGAAAUACGUAGAGAAGGUAUUUCGCUUGAGGAGUCGUAGUACCUGCGAUGGGGAUGCGGAACAGAUUGAUGGAUCCGAACUGCAGGGGAUCGACAUCGAAGAUUCCCCCCGUAACGGAUAUAGAGGAUUGCCAAAACGUAGAAUAAAAAUAAUAUUGGAAAAGGAUAUCCACUUUGAUCUCUUCCUUGGAGCAGUCUUGAACUUUCUACAAGUGCUCCUACAUACAAAAUCACAUCCUGUGUAUGCACAGGCGAAUUGCGUUAAGCACAACCCCCCAUGUAUGAACGGCUCAAUCAAGGAGGAUAAGAAAAAUUGGUGGAGCAGGAUGUUAAGCAAAGGGGGGAAAGAAAAGGAAUUCGGGUUACAAGCUAUGCAUAUAAAUAGGCUACCUUCUUAUAAAGAACGUAUUCCCCAUUUUGUAGUGAACCCACAUGGUCCAAGUAAUCCUUCAAAGGAUACUGCUCACGAUGAUGAAAAGAAAAAAGAGAGCAACUUAAAUGAUGAAGAAAGAGAAAGGCAGAACAAAGAUGACCCUUUUAAGUAUUCCCCCAGUGGAGAAAAUUCCCCAUUUUACCCAAUGGACAUGGAAAUGCUAUUGUGGAGUUCGCUCCUGGAUGGAAACCACCACACUUACAAUUAUAUUAUUGGGACAGUAGAUCCAAAUAUGCUAUACAUCAUUGAUAGUGAUAGAAGUUUGUUGAAGAUUCUUUUUUUCUUUAACGUGGUGCACUUGUUUGCAACGUAUAUGUAUGUUACGCUAUGUCGAAACGAACUUCUAUUUUCUUCCAUGUCUGUAUUUGUCACCAUACUUGGGAGCUUCCAUGGGGAAUUCAAAUUGGUGUCGAACGGUGCAACGGAAUGGAAAAACGCCUAUCCCUUUUUGUGCGCCUUCGCCAGCCUCGUAAGGAGGAACAUUCUAUCCCCCUCAACAGGGAAAAACAAUGUGAGCGAUGGAGGUAACCAACGUGGUAAUACAGAAGUCGACAGGCAUAAAACAGAGUACGAGGAGGGUAAGGGCAACUCACACCUUCUGCAGAACUUUGGGGGCCUAUGUUUCGGGGAUGGCAGGAGAGGUUCCUCAGGAAGCGAUGCGCGGAAGGGCAUUCUCCCUGAAGGGCUAAACAAUCAGAAAGAGGGAAAAGGGAAAAGGAAAAAUGAACAAAUAGGAACACCACCAGAUGAUGAGUACUGCUACUACGGAACGGUGACAAAUGAAGAUGAAAUUGAUUCCGUGAACCUAGCGAUAAAUGUAACUAACACGAGCAAGGAGAAUAUUUCUUUUUACAAAAGAUACAUCGAAGAGCACAUCCAGAGGGUGUUCUUAGAUGUGUAUAAAUUGAACGAAGCAAAGAAGGGGGAAUGUUCAAGAGAAAAGAACAAGGAGGAUGGAAUUAGUGAUCCGUCAAUAUUUAAAAACUACAGGGAAUUAUUUCGAAGUUUUUUUCAAGAAAUUGUAUCGUAA